UUUUCUUGGGUUUUUUUUGGUUUGAGGGUUUUUUGCUUAUUUUUGGUUUAGUGGGUCAGGAAAGAGCCAGCAUAUGACAAAACUUUGUUGUUCUCGCUUGUGAAAAAAAGGAGUAGAAUAUGCUUUCAGAGAACGUGCGCUCAUUUAUGAGUAUUACUGUAGUGUAGAGGUGGGUCAGCUCCUUUUAGUUCUACUGGUGCUUAUCUACUGGUCCACAGCUGACAUAACUUGUAGCAGUAGGUAAUACAACACUGGUCUCUCAUAGCUGUUGUUAUAAAAAUUUAAUCAGACAAAAUCAAGUCCUAAUAUUCAGUUCAGACAUAACACAUUUGUCCUGGGUUCAGGUUCAACAUUUCAGCAGGACAAAAUCCUCUGUGAAGUAAACAACAUAGCAUCACCCAGCUGGUGGAAAUGAUGGUAACUAACGACAUGGCAUCGUUAAUGUAACACAUAAUGAAUGUGGAGAAGUGUAGCUUAAAAGGGCUAGAGCAGCCAAACAAGCCUCCACUGAUGUGGUUCCAUGUUGCUAAUCCACAGGUAGGACAGUUGGUUAGUAGCUGUACCAUUCCCUAGACCCUACUCUUGCCACCUUGCUGGUGCUGGUUCAACUUUUUGAUUCCUUCUGGUGGUCCGUAUGGGGUCUGUCACACUCUGUGUUGAGGAGAAAGGUUUUGAACUAGCUCUUCGAAUCCGUGAAAGGAUUUCUAGCACAGAAGCUGACCCUGACUACAUGUGAGGUGAAUCACAUCUCUGUGCUUCAGCCACGAGCAGCCUUUGCUUAGAUUCAUUUUAAGUUUAGUUUAUCAGCAACUACUACAUUACAUCUGCUUUGAAUACCUGUUAAGGCAGUGGCUCAAGAAAACACUUAAAUAUGGGCUUACCUUUAAGCUUUUGCUAGCGGGAGGACUUAAUGAAUCAGUAUCUAAAACCAGAAAACUGUUGCUUAAAUUCCCACCUACCCUUUGCUACUUACUCUGGUGGUGGAACUUGGUUACCAGGUUUGCAUCUAUAUGAAUUAUGAUUUUCUGGUUCUUCUGAAGACCAUAGGACUUCUGCCAGUGACUUCAGUGGAUUCCAGGUAUCACCUGACGUCUGUAUUUUGAGCAUUGGUCUGUCUUAACCACUGGGUGUUAUUUCCCCCAGUGAUGGUACGGAAGAGGAGUGACAGAAUCAGAAAUCAAGGAGCUGUCUCUUGCACAGACAGUCCUGUGGCAAAAAGUUAUGCAUGGUAUUAGUCUAGUCACAAGAAGAACAGGAGACAGAAAGACAGAUUAUUGGAUUUAAAUAGUUUUAAAUCAUACAAAAAUUAAGUUAAUGACUUUCCCUGAAGUGGAUGUGCACAUGUGUAAACAUUGUACUGGAAAUGCUGUUUUGCAGUAACUGGAAUUCCUAGCAGGGAUACAGGAAAUAUUAUAUGUGGGUUGUCACCCAGUCUGCUGGUGGUAGUGGGGGGUGACACAGAGUACAGAUUAUUUUUUUUUCUUGGACGAGGGGAAGAAGUGUUUCAUGUCUCAUUUGUACCUAGACCGUAAGUACACUUCCAGAUACAAACAUAAAUACUUGAUUUUGCCAUUUUAUAAAAAGAGUACCUCAUUUGUUGUAUACCUCUCAUUAAUACAGUGAGACGCUGCUUAUUUGGGAGUAAAGUAAGUAUGAUUUGGCUAAAAAUUGUAUUAUUUCUAGUAUACCUGUCCAUUUCAUAAGAUUCAGUAGUCAUAUGACAGAAAGCUAGCUCCUAAAUCAGUAGGACCCAUGCCUCAUGGCUAUAUAGGCUUCUGCUUGCUGAAAUCAAGUACUGCACAGCUCUGAGAAAGUGCCGUGAGUACCAGUGGUCUUCCAUGCGUGUCUCCUCAAGACAAGUGGAAGCGCCCACGUAGGAAGCGGCUGUGCGACAUGAGUAAGAACAGAGAAGGUGGCCUUGCAACUCAGUGUAGGGUUGCCUUUCCAGAUAGGCUGCUUAGUGUCUCUUUAAGAGACAUAAGUGUUUUCAGUGAAAUUUUGAGAGGCUCAGAAUUUGUGUCUUUUAAUGUAUGGCCAUAAUGUUUUAAGUUUUUGGAAAUCUCACCUCGGACUAGUUGCCCUUUGCUUCUCCUUCACUGGAGGUUCUUGUUAAGCCUUAUACUGUUUCCCAGGGCUUGAAUUUCUGUUCUUUUGGGAAGUUCUGUCUUUAUUGAAGUAGUCAGUGCAAAGUUAAAGGAUAUUUUAGUGUGUAUUUCUAGUAUAGCUGUUGUAAGUAUUUUCUAUUGCAUGUUUUUUCCAAAAUAUUUUUCCGUCUUUCAGUCCUGGUACCAACAUAUUAAUGUCAUCUUUACUGUAGUAAUAGGUUGGUCCUUUCCCAUUUCAUAUGGAAUUUCCUAGGUAAAUUCAUCUUGACACCCAGCUCUGUGGGUGGUUUCUUAAAGAGAUUACAUUUUGAGAUAUAGCUAUCUUUCUUUUUGAGAAAUAAACUUCAAGUCUUUUGACAUCUUUUUUUUUUUUUAAUUGUAGCGAGGUAGGAGUCAUCAUGAGCUUUGGGCCGCCUUUAUGCUGAGAUCACUGGCCACAUCCAGCUUUGGCCUGUAGUAUUACCACGAGAGCUCUCUGGUUAUUCCUGAGAUGGGGAAAUGGGCUGAGUGACUCUUCUUGGGCAGGUCGCACCAGCCUCUCCCAGUUGUGGAACCACCAUUGGCAGGCAGUGUGUUGUGGGUUAACCUCGGUAGGUAGCUAAGCACCACACAGCCUCUCACUUACUCCCCCACCGCCCACCCCCGGUGGGACAGGGGAAAAGGAAGGAAGAGUAAAAGCAAGAAAACUCAUGGGUCAAGAUGAAAAUAAUUUACGAAGCGGAGAAGUGAAAGAAAAAAGAAAAAAAAAAACAAAACAAAAGAAGUGAUGCAAUGGCAAUCACUCACUACCUCCCAUGGGCAGACCAGUGGACAGCCAGUUCCCAAGCAAAAGAUAGCUAGCCUGACCUAAACCUUGCUCCUUUCCCUUUUACUGCUGAGCGUGAUGCUAUAUGGCAUGGAAUAUCUCUUUGGUUAGUUCGGGUCACCUGCCUGGUGGUGUCUUCUCCCAAGCUCUUGCGCACCCCCACUCUGCUAGCUGGGGGCAACUGAGAAACAGAAGACCUUGACGCUGUGCACACACUGUUCAGCAACAGCCAAAGCACCGGUGUGUUACCGGCACGGUUUGGUCGCAGAUCUAAAACAGAGCACCGUGCCACCUGCUAUGAAGAGUAACUCCACCCCAGCCAGACCUAACACAUGGUGAUACUGGCAGCAACCUCAGCACAGAGGCAAGCGCACCGAAAGACCCCGAGAGCCGAACUCCCAACAGGUGACUACACCAAGCAGCGUGUGGGCCUUUGGCAAUGGAGUUGGGGAGCUGAGAUUUGCAGCCUGCUGCAUAAUGUCACUUCACAUAGACAGAGGCUUAAAACGGAAACCUUCCUUUCUCUUUAGAGGAGUGGAAAAUGAAAACGUGGAAAUUACAAGAUUCAAAGUUAAAAAUUAGCCAUUAUGGAGGGCAGUUGGAAACCACUCACCUUUAAACCAAUUUAAUCUCUAAGCAAAAAACAGAACUGCUGUAGUGGCUGCAUGUACUUAUCUAAAUGUUAUGAUUUGGUCAUGUAAUACACCUGUUGAUAUUUAACCUUAAAAAAUAAGAGAAAAGCCACCUGCAUCAUUCCCAGUCAACCAAACUCCAGAGAAUAUUGGCUUCUCUACUGAAGCCUAGGUACUCAGCUGGUUUUUGCUUCAGUGCAAACAGUAUUAUGCAUCCUGCAUAUGAGGAGUCCUUUAGCUUUGCAGGUGGGUUGUAUCUAUAAAAGCUAUAUUUCCGGACACACUGAUAGCUCAUGAAUAAUUUUGUGUUUGAAGGUCUGUUGCUCGGAUAAUGAAUAUUCUUCUCAGAUGUUCUUAUGUAGCUGCAUUGGCAUGAAUAUGAGAUUUCUGCUUCUACUUCACUUGCUUCUGCUUAUUUCCCAGCCGAAAUCAAGACAAAUUAAUGGUUUGGUCUCAUCCAUUUUUGUAGGAGUGCGCUAUACAUUAAUUUGGCUUCAAACCUGUGUAAGCAGGUGCCUGAAGAGAUGAUAUCCUAGAUGGUUUCAGGUAAUUAUCAAAUUACACAGUUAGUGUGCAGUAGGAUUCUUUAUACUACUCAUUUAAACCACAAAAAUGGAAGUGCUGGUACUCACUUAAAUACUUACGCAAGACUUAAAGGGGAAAAAGAGGAAGGAUAUCACAUAUGAGACAGAGGAACUGAAUGUUAUGAUAGGAUUGUUCAACAAAAGAAAAACAUAGCUACAAUAUCAUACAGGUAUUUCACAGGGAGAUUAUCAAAGAGUAUCAUAAGAAAAGUAAAUGAGAAGUGUAUUUGGGCACAAAUUGAAAUACAGGAAAUUCUAGUUGGAGAUGGAAAAAAAAAAAAAUCAUAUGGUAAACGUGAUUGAAUACUGGAGGAUGUUGCCCAGAGAUGUCAUGGAGUGUCCAUCCUUGAGGAUGGCCAAAACCCGACUGGACAUGGCCCUGAGCAGCCUGCUGUAGCUGAACCUGCAUUUAGCAAGGUAUUGGACUGGAUCAUCUCCAGAGGUGUAAAAUUGAAAGCCAGGGUUAAAUGACAUUGAAUUAAAGUCUUUAAUACAAAUAAGAAAGAAAAAGGUAUGAUGAAAGGUUCCCUCACUUUGGAAGACAAUCUCUUAUGUUCUCAUAUGGUGUAAUAUAAACUAUAUUGUCACGAUUGUAAAGUAUUUGAUGUUACUUUUGAUGGUAACUUUAAUAUCUAAACUAUGAUAGCUCCAUAAUAUGUAGGAGGCUUUGAAAGGCACAUAUUAUUUAAGAAUCUAAUGCAAUCCAACUAAACGCUCCAUUUAUUCCCCCUUACCAGGCAAUGAAUUUUCUUCACAGCCUGUGCUACCAUGGGUUUUCUGUCUGCAAAAAUACACCUUCUGCCCUGCAUUCCUGCUGCAUUAAAAACAAAAAGCAAACUGCGAAGACAGCACUGAACUGAAUAUCACAGACUAUUUUUCUGGCUAUCCAAGAAUUCAAAUUUUUCGUCACUUUCUGAUAAAAGUAAGUACUACUUCAGAAAGUUUGUAACUUGUUCAGUUUUGAGAAGACAGCCGCUCCUUCCCAGAAUCCCAUUUCUUCUUAAAAAAUACUUAUGCUCAACCAUGCUGAAAAUGUAAAUUUUCAGUCAUUUGAAAUGUCACAUUAAACAGCUCCCAUAGCAGAGAAAAAAUAAACACAACCUAGUAUGUAUUUCCAAUUGCUUAUAUAUAGUAUGUGCCUUAUUCAUUUUAUACACUUUUAAAACAAAUACAGGGAAACUCCAAACUUGUAUGUCAAUUAUCAGUUACAGAGAAGUCAAAAGAUUUUAUUGUUUACCUGUUGAGGCUAUGUGGAAAUACUGAUAUGGAAUAUUAUUUAAUCAGUAAUAGGAAAACACUGACAUAAUUAGCAGCACAAAAGCUGAUGUUUAAAAACAAUCAACUCUCAACUUACUAGAAAUAUUUGUUACAUUGUUCAUGUUAGGUUCAUUUGGGGCUAUUAGCUAAUAGUAAUGCUAUUUCUGUAACAACAGUUUCCUGCUUUUUAAAAGAUCAUUGCUUUUAAGAAAUACACAGCAUAAUUAAAGCUAUUGUUGAAAAGAAUAGGCAGAAUAUAGUAAUGGAAUAGCAAGUUAGUCUUGUUGAGUAUGUAUAAUCUAUUGAUUGUAAAUGUUGAGUUUGCCACUUAUAUUUGCUAGUAAUCUUGUCAAUUUAGUACAACUCAAGAAGUUAGCCUACUUCAUGUUUCUUUGGCAAAAAGGGAAAAAUAUCACAUAAAACAGUAAGCACGCCAGUUCCAGCGGGAUAUAGAGCACUGCUGCAGAUUCUGAACAAACCGCAGGACUCCACUGCGAAAGUGAAGUGUGCUGAGUGUUUCUGUGUGCACAGAUUCUACCUCACGGCAAAGAGGUAAGAGCAACAGGGUUAUGCUCAACAUGGUAUCUUUAAAGGUGGAACAGAUGCCUGACCCAAGUGGAAUUUUACAUUCUUUGGGAAGAGGUUACCAACUGAGCAUGCACAACAGCAUGGAGGAACCAAAACUACUAGAAAACUAUAUGAAACCAGAUACUCUAAAAAUAGAGGAAAGAACAGGUAUAACUGAACAUCCAGCUAUUUUGCUGUAUGAGAACUAACAAUAGAGUAGGUUUGGUUAUGAAACCUGCAGAGAAUAUGCAUAGGUUUUUUUUAUUUCUCCAUGUUCUUAGGCCUAGUCCAUAACCUCUCCCAUUCUGUCAUAUCCUUAUCAAGACCCGGAGACUAGAAACAGUUGGACUCUUCAAAGUUUAAUGUACUUAAAUUAGGAAGUCUGAGUAACAUCUGUUUCCAUGUUCCAAAAUAGAACUGGCCCAUUAAAGGGUAACACAGAUGAUAAUCUGAGGUUUGCAGUGUAACUGCAGUGAUACCCUAUGACUGGUGCUAACCUAUGACUGGUACGAAAUGUAUUAUAAAUUUCUCAGAAAAGGAAAAAAAGUCCAAGAAACCACAGAACAGCUGAUCAGACUGCUAUACUAUGUAAAGAUUUCAUGAAUGAAUGCUGAAACACAUGCAGGCAUAGUACAAGGUGUGAGCAACAGUUUCUUUUGCAGAACAACACAGAUUAAGAAGAAGUUUUACAUCACUGUCAGACACAUGGAAGUUUUGGGUAAUUCACCCCCAAGUCCAGGGUGAUUCAAACAUCCCAGCCACCUGAAGAGCCAUUCCUGAAGACUGGAAUUCAGGGGUACAUUUGCCAUAUAAGGAAGGAAUUCACUGCUUAAACCACUGCCUUGCUCUUCAUGGUUUCUGUGCACUGAUCUUCUGCAGGAUGACCUCUAGUUUUACUGUGGUUUGUUGGCUAGGACUUCAGAAACUUGGAGAAACAGGAGCAAGUGGAAUCUUUUAAGUUUAGUGCCACAUAAGGAUGAUAGAAGAGAAUGACUGUGCUUUCCCAUGGAGCUGAAAGGCAGGCAACUGCCUUUAAAAAGUCCGCCUUGUCAGUUGAACCAGUUCACAAGAUGGAUUGCCAACAGUAUCAAAGUCUGUUAAAGAAGAUGUGCAUGCCUGUUGUGAGAGGUCCUGAGAACAGACGUGGCUUUGCCAGCUUUGAAGAGAAAAACAGUAAUUCUUUCCUUAAAUUCAAUCCAUUCACCCCUCCAGUAGGGCUGAAUUACACUUUACUCCCACACUGGGAUAACGUGCCUUUAGUAAAUCCCUGCUCAGGUUUUGUGAGUCCAGGAGCAGAUGCUGACCUGCAGCCCAAUGUUGGAAGAGCUAUUGAAUCCCUGGUAGACUACAGUGGUGUGAAACCUCACCAGUGGGUCCCCAUCACAGGAAAGAGAUGCCAGCCUGCCCACAGGAGGCAGAUGAUCUUCCUGGAGAAAACUAGCCAGGGCAGAAGGUAGAACUCCAAGGCUGUGUCAGCUGCUUCUGUCAGGGCACGACUCAGAGGUUGGAGAACUCCAGUGAAAGUUGCUCCUGAUCUACCUGACCAAAACCAUAUCUUUGCAUUUUGUAUGGAUCCCAAUCUCAAGGAAUCAAGUGAUCCUUCUGCAACAUGGAGAGAAGAAAAAGCAAGAGACUAUUUCUGCAAGUCAAAUACUGAAACUUAUGAAGAAGCUCCCUGGGAUAAUAUGUUAGCUUCCAAAAUCCAGCCUCCAGAAUCGACAGUGGAAGUGUUGGCUGAUCCUGUUUCCCAAAGUUUUGCAAAAAGGAGAUACAAUCCUGAACCUGAAAUAAGGCAAGACAGUGAAUGAUUUCUUGUUGUUGGAGCCUUCUGGGACAGAUUUCAAACAAGGUCUUUUACCUCUCCACAGAGACCUGUUGAUUUUGUAAGCCAAAGCUCUCGAACCUGUCAUAGCCCUUUGUAUAUUGGCUGUGUUGGUGCAGUAAAUUUUGAAGACAUUGACAAUGCCGAUGUAGACUUAAUCCCACUUAACUAUGUGCAAACUUCAAAGCCUUGCUACACAAACACUGCACACACUCCAGAUAUCCCUGGAUACACUGGCAAGGUUCAUUGGUCAGCAACUCACCCAGCAAAUUCUAAUCUUCCAUCAACAACCCCAUCAAUAAUUGCACAAAUGCAUGGGUUCACCGUGCCCCCUGGACUGGAGCGUAAGGUGGAUGUCUGCAACCCGCGGCGUGCGACAUCCAGCCGCAUCGCCGCGUCCGGGCGCUGCCUGCCGUGCCGAGACACCUCGAAGUGCCGGCCCCGGGAGCGCCCGGCGGGGCGGCGCGGAGCCCGGCCCCUCUCCCGCGCCUCCGGCUCGGCGCAGCCCGGUAAAACACCUCGCCAGGUAACGCUCCUCCGCGGGGGCCGCCGGCCGCCCCGGGACGCGCUGCCGCCCGCCGCCGUCCCGGGCGGCGGCACCUGCGGGGCGGCGGCGGCGGCGGCGUCCCCGGGUGCGGAGAUGAGCAGCCGUAAGGAGCUGGCCGGGAAGGGGCGUUCAUUGAUUCAAAGGGGAGGGAAGCGGUGGAAGCGUUGCCCCCCGCGCAGGAGCGGGUGCGGACCGGUCUGUUUUCGCCUCCUCCAGUCAGCUCCGGCGCUUCGGGUCCUUCAAAGCCCGAGUUCAAAUUGCUUGCGCCUGUCGUUUGCAGAGGGGAGGCAGCUAGGUGCUACCAAGGAGCUGGGUCCAUAG